AUGGUCGUCCUCAACAGCACUGCCCCAACCUUUGAUGUGAUCAACCACCCCGUCAAGGACACUCUCCUGAUUGUCUCUUGCCUUCUCUCAAAGCUGGUACACAAGAACGACAGUCGCUACAACCCCCUGAGGGAUCCCAUCACCCUCUUCCACUCACGGGCAGUGCCCCGCAUUUCCAUCGAGGCCUACCUGACCCGGAUCCUGCAGUACAUCCCAUUUACCAACGAGGUCCUCCUGAACGUGUUAGUGUUUCUGGAUCGGAUUGGAGGAUUGGAGGGGAUGCAGAUGCAACAGGAUGGUCUCUUGACCACUCCCUCUACCUCUACCACAACAUCCUCGGCCACUUGCAGCCAAUCCAAUGCCUUGUACUCGACAUCAGGACUUGCUCCAGUAUCCUCCCCUCAAUCUUCUUUUGUGCCCGUGGCUGCGAACAACAACUACAACAUCAACGACAACUCUCGAGGAACAGCAGAGGACCCUGAAAUCUCCUGCAACUCAGCAUCAUCCCUUUCGGCAUCUUCGUCAUCCGCUCCCGCUCCCCGUCUGUCCUCUUCUUCCAACAAUAGCACUACCACGACAAGAGCUACCUACAAUUCGACUAUGACGACCGACAACUCCGACAGCACUCUUCCAAUGAUCCAAAAACGUGGCAGAGAGGCGGAGACUGAGACGACGACCACAGCCGGCAAUAAGCGGACCAAGUACGAGGCUGCUCCUUCUACUCCCAGCAGCAUGCCCUCCCCUCCAUUGGCUGCCGCUGUUGCAUCGCCCGUCCCAGAGCCAGUCCAGCCUGCAACAGGCAAUGGCUUUCGUAUCAACAGCUUCAACAUCCAUCGCCUGUUGAUUACCUCUUUGAUGAUUGCUGCAAAGUUCACUUCUGACCUCUUCUAUUCCAAUGCCCGUUACGCCAAGGUAGGAGGUCUUGCACUUCCAGAACUGAACCAGCUCGAACUCGAGUUUCUGUUCACUUCCAAGUUUGAACUGAACGUCAAGGUUGAUGAGCUCCAACGGGUCGGUAACUCGUUGCUCCAGUUCCGAGACCGCCAUAUGCUUCCCUCCUUCACCCUCCUUCAGCAAGUAGUUGUUCAACAACAACAACAACUAUUCCAGCAGCCUCAGACCAUGACCAUGAUGGCCAUGCAACAGCAGUUGCAGUUCCAGGCACAGUUGCAGUCCCAGAUCCAGGCGCAGGCACAGGCACAGGCCUUGGAGUUGAAGCAGCAGCAGCAAGCUGGGAGCUUGUUGUCUCCUCCUGAGGAGAAGCGGCCCUGGGAUGAGACUGCCACUGUUCAGAAUGAUCACCACUCUUACUACACCCACCAAGCCUAA